AUGGCCUCAAACAACUAUACCCAGCAAGCAACCCAAAGCUAUGGGGCCUACCCCACCCAGCCUGGGCAGGGUUAUUCCCAGCAGAGCAACCAGCCCUAUGGACAGCAGAGUUACGGUGGCUACAGCCAGUCUGGGGACACUUCAGGCUAUGGCCAGAGCACCUAUGGUUCUUACGGGCAGACCCAAAACACAGGCUAUGGCACCCAGUCAGCUCCCCAGGGAUAUGGCUCAACCGGUGGCUAUGGUGGUGGCCAGAGUUCUCAGUCAUCUUAUGGGUAG